AGACAGACAGAGAGAGAGAGAGAGAGAGAGAGAGAGGGGAGGGAGGACAGCGAGUGCGCGAACAGGCAGCAGCCAGGCGGGCACAUCAGCAACAGCGGCUGAGCAUCUUUCCCCCGAUCCUCGCCUCCUGACUCUGCUUCUAUCAUCAUUUAUUUUGGUGCCAAAUUUCUGCGUGGCGUGUGCGCCUCCGGCGGAGCCCCUCACAGCCGCGGGGCUGAAGUGUCCAGAAGCGUCCGGCGACCGUUCACCUCCUACCGCUCACUUUCCUCCGGAGCUCGGUUUAUUCUUAGCUCAGCUGCAAGAGACACACACACAGAGAGAGAGAGAGAGUGGGAGACCGUCUGUCCUUCCGGUACUCUCUCUUAUUUCUCCCAGUUUCUUGAAUAUUUAAUGGAAAAUGGCGAUCUGCGCACAGUCGAUUGGCGUUUUCUGCCUCUUCGCCGUACAAACUGUACUUAUUAUAUGCGUCUCCACGCCGACAGCCGGGACCCACCACUUCCCACAGCACUACACGAUGAUUCACUGGGCCGGACGCAUUGAGAAGGAGCUGGAAAAGGUUCUUCAGCACGUUACCGGAGCUCAGCAGAUGAGAUCGAUUUAUAAUGAGAAGAAGAGCCAGUUUGAAAUCAAGAGAAACAACCCCAAGGAUCUGGUGGAGCGAGUGGCGCGGGACAUCUCCAAGCUGCUAAACAGCAAGAGCAAAGCCUUAGAGAAACUGGUCCGAGAGGCGGAGCAGCUGCAGAAGGAGCAUGUGUGGAAAGACGGCGUGACGGAGAAUGCCAUUUCAUACUACGAUUCGAAAGCGGAUUCAGACUAUACGGAGGACGGAGAGGAGGAAGCUCCGCUAGAGACCUCGUCCUCCCUGGAGCUGGAGUUUGUCGACGAUCCAAAUUUUAAAAACAAGGUCAACUACUCCUCCAGUGCCGUCCAGAUUCCUACAGAUAUAUACAAAGGCUCGCCUGUGAUCCUGAAUGAGCUCAACUGGACGCAGGCUCUGGAGCGAGUCUUCAUCGAAAACCGGCGCGAGGACGGCUCUCUGCGCUGGCAGGUGUUCGGCAGCGCCACGGGCGUGACGCGGUACUACCCAGCCACUCCUUGGAGGGCGCCCAACAAGAUUGACCUUUACGACGUUCGCAGAAGGCCAUGGUAUAUCCAAGGUGCAUCGUCUCCAAAGGACAUGGUCAUCAUUGUAGAUGUGAGCGGCAGUGUCAGCGGACUCACUCUGAAGCUCAUGAAAACCUCCGUCAUGGAGAUGCUUGACACGCUAUCAGACGAUGACUAUGUCAAUGUGGCGAAGUUUAAUGAAAAGGCCGAGGCUGUCGUCCCGUGCUUCAGGACUUUGGUCCAAGCCAACGUCCGCAAUAAAAAGAUCUUCAAGGAAUCCGUCAUGCAUAUGCAGGCCAAAGGAACCACAGAUUACAAAUCGGGCUUCACGUUUGCCUUCGAGCAACUUCUCAAUGAGAGCAGUGCCCCGAGGGCCAACUGCAAUAAGAUGAUAAUGAUGUUUACAGAUGGCGGUGAAGAUCGCGCUCAGGAAAUCUUUGAGAAGUAUAACUGGCCCAACAAAACUGUUCGAGUUUUCACCUUCUCUGUUGGGCAGCAUAACUAUGACGUCACCCCUCUGCAGUGGAUAGCAUGUGCUAAUAAAGGUUACUACUUUGAAAUACCAUCAAUUGGAGCCAUCAGAAUCAACACACAGGAAUACCUGGAUGUCCUGGGACGUCCCAUGGUGCUGGCUGGGCCUAAAGGUAAACAGGUGCAGUGGACCAACGUCUACCAGGAUGCUCUGGGUUUGGGUCUUGUCAUCACAGGAACGAUGCCAGUUUUCAACCUCACUGCAGAUAGCGCUAGCUCUCAGAAUCAGCUCAUCCUUGGGGUUAUGGGAGUAGACGUUGCAAUUAAUGAAAUCAAGAAGAAGACUCCAACAUACAGACUUGGGGCCAAUGGCUACACAUUUGCUACUGACCCAAACGGUUACGUGCUGCUGCAUCCCAACCUAAGACCCAAGAUCAUUAACUUCAGGGAGCCCGUCACUCUGGACUUUCUGGAUGCAGAACUAGAAGAUAACAACAAGGAGGAGAUCCGCCGACAGAUGAUUGAUGGCAGAUCGGGGCAAAGAAAAAUCAAGACGCUCAUUAAGUCAGUUGAUGAGAGAUACAUCGACGAAGCCAUGCGAACGUACACAUGGACGCCCGUAGAAGGUACAAACUACAGUCUAGGGUUGGUACUGCCCACAUAUAGUGAGAACCAUGUCAAGGCCAACCUAAGUGACCAGAUCCUCCAGGUGCAGUUCUCAUACAUCAAGGAUUUUGAAUCUCUGCUGCCAAACAGUUUUGAGUCUGAAGGACAUGUAUUCAUUGCUCCCAGGGAGUACUGCAAUGAUCUCGAACUUGCCAACAACAACACCGAGUUCCUGCUCAACUUCAUUGCCCUGAUGGAGAAGGUGACGCCAGACUCCAAGCAGUGUGACAGUUUGCUCCUUCACAACCUGAUUCUGGACACCGGCAUCAUCCGGCAGCUGGUCGAUAAAGUGUGGAAGAAUAAAGACUUAAACACAUACGGCUUCCUGGCUGUGUUCGCUGCAACAGAUGGAGGCAUAACAAGAGUCUUUCCAAACAAAGCUGCAGAAACCUGGGAGGAAGACCCAGAGCCGUUUAACGCCAGCUAUUACCGCCGUAGCCUUGACAACAAGGGUUACAUCUUCACAGCACCGUAUCGAUCAGCUGGGGCCGAUCUGUUGAACCCAGAAAACGACACAGUGGGAAUUUUGGUCAGCACGGCUCUGGAUAUCACAAUAGGCGGGAAGACGGUCAAACCUGCAGUUCUUGGAGUAAAGUUAGACCUGGAAGCAUGGACCGAUAAAUUCAAGAUUCUUGCCAGCAACCACACAGACAGCCGUCAAGGCUCAAAUACGUGUGGACCCAACAGAGGUUGUGAGAUGGACUGUGAAGCUAAUAGUGAUGAUCUCCUGUGCUAUUUAAUUGAUGACGGCGGAUUCCUAAUCAUGUCAAAUCAGAAGGAUGACUGGAGCGAGGUGGGCAAAUUUCUUGGUGUCGUUGACCCAAACUUGAUGUACGCUCUCUACAACAACUCCUUCUACAAGCGCAAGCAGUCGUUUGAUUAUCAGUCUGUGUGUGAACGAGUACAAAACAGCGAAGCAGGAGCAGCAAGGCGAGGAGUGUUUGUGCCUACGAUUGCAGACUUUGUUAACCUGGCAUGGUGGACGUCAGCUGCUGCCUGGUCCUUGUUCCAACAGCUUUUAUACGGUUUGGCUUAUCACAGCUGGUUUGUCACAGACGAGGUGGAAGCAGAAGUAAUAGAGUCAAAAGAGAGGAGCUGUGUGAUGAUCCAAACCCAGUACUACUUCAGUAACCUCAGCAACUCCUACAACAUCCUCCAAGACUGCGGAAACUGUUCCAGGCUGAUUCAUGCCAAAAGGAUAAACAACACCAACUUGCUGUUUGUGGUAGCAGAAAAGCUGCCAUGCAGCUCCUGCGAGAUAGAAGAUCUUUCCCAGGACAAGGAGGAGUUCAAGGAGGAAAAUCCGUGUGAAGAAAUGACGACUGCACGGUAUCGGAAAGGACCUUCCACCUGCUUCGACAGCAACGUAGCUGAGAACACGUCAGACUGUGGAAGAGGUCACUCCUUCCGUCCGCCUCUCUACACCCUCCUGCUCAUUCAGCUGCUGCUGCUUUAUCCAGCUCUCAGCCCCCAUCAUCACUCUCUGUUACAUUAACUUCAUUCUCCUCAUUCUCGCUCCCUUCCCUUAAAAAAAAAAAAAAAAAACCUUCGUCCCUCCCGACUCUUCGCCUUCAUACCUGAUGUUGUUUUAGUCAUAGUUAAUUGCUGGACCUCCGGAGCCCCGAGUGCGGCGCCGUCCGGCUCCGGCGCUGGUCGUUUGUGUCCUCCGCCCGACCGACCUACAUCUGCAAGCCGAGCUGUCGGUGCAGGACCGUCAAAGCAUCCCAGAGAAGAGAAAACGACCCCCAUGUUCUCCAAACACCACCUUCAUCUAGAUAAGAGAGAGACACAGACUGGAGAUUUGAGGCUGACUGUCCGCCCUCCUCCUCCGACGGCCGGACUUCUUCUUCUCCUUCAUCUCAGUGUCUCACCAUCUGCCUCUCGUAAGGCUGUGGACCCUCCAGCCAGCUCUACCACCAUAGACGAUAAUAAUAAGAAGAAGAAAAAAGAAAAAAAAACUCAACAAGUAUUCAAAAUGUCAAGUAUUACCUGCUGAAGUGAUGAGUAUUCCAAACAUGCCGUAUGCUUAGGAUUUAAUUUGAAAAGAAAGUUAAGUGUUAACCUAAAACGCGCUAUAUCUACUUGCCAAAAUGAGAUAUACUUUCACGUGGUCUUACUUUUGUAGCCAAAAACACAAAGAGGAAACCAGAUUUAGAUUUGCAGCAGCUGAAUUCUGACUCAUUUUGUGCAGCUCUAAUUAGCAGAUUAUUGUUUGUUUAAAAAAAAAAAAAGAAACAAAAGAGAUCCACUGGGGAGUGUUGUUGUAAUUAUACGACGGAGUACCACGCUUUUCUUGAAGUGUUUAUUAUAGUUUAUCAGUGCUAGUGCUUUCUGGCCCCCCGGCUGUAAAAUCUGAAUCAGCAUUCGGUUGCUGCUGGAACAUUGUUGAUGUCGUGUGGUAUUACUCUCUUUUACGAUCAAUCGAACCAUUCUGACCUCGGAAAAAAAACAAAAAGAAGAAAAAAACUCACCUCUUAAAGAAAAAGUACUUCACCAACCAAUCACAGUUGUCGUGUGUGUGUGUGGUUUACUCGUGUCAAAAUCAAAGCCUUUCUUUGGGACGGCCGAUCAUGUCUAAUUUUACCUUUGACUGACACUGUUUAAUCUUUAAAACCAUCCGCUGCUGGUGGGGGAUAGGGGCUUAUUUUUAUUUUCCAUCUAUAGCGCAGUAGGGGCCACUAAAUAUGGUGAUCACGUACAGUAGUAGUCACAGUUUGUCCUUUAGCCAUUGCAAUGUAUGGAUUUUCUUUAUAAUAAUUGUUUUUUUUCUUUCAGACUCCCGCGUUUAGGAGCUGUUUCAUAGUGCCUUUACGCACUUUGUUUUGGCUGUAUAAGAGUGAAGCUACUGUAUAGUACCUUUAAGAAGCGGCCAUGUUUGAGGCUUGGGACGCUGCAGGAGACUCAACAUGUCGGCUGACGCUGUAGAACUAGCUUUACACUGAGCCGCUGCGCUGACCGGCUCUGCUUAACGUCCUUCCCCCCCUCCAGAGCCUCCGGUCCGCCAUCACACGGGGAUUACUAUACAGUUCCUUUACUAAACCAUGUAUAGAGCUAUGAUACACUAUUAAUAUACAGCGAGUUAACUGGCCAUAGUGUGUUCUUAGGGCCACCUGACUGCUAUCGUUCUGCCUGGAUUGUGUGUGUGUUUGUGGAUGUGUGCGUAUGUGCAUUUGUUUUAAAAGCUCUCGAAAGGAUCUUGGGUUCGGUGAGCGGGUUUGGGGGCGGGGAGUCGGGGGUAAUAUUUGAGCUAGAACAGCUGUUUCUUACUGUUUCUGUGUGGCAGCAGGCAAAGUCUAGUGUUGUGGUGGAGAAAUAAAUUAAAAGAUCCACCCGUUACGUUCCGGUCGCGAGUUUACAUAAAGUCACAGAGCUUCUUCUGCAUAUCGGAUUUGGUAUCGAUGGAUUUGAAUCGUUCUUGUAGGGCUGGACAAUAAACCGAUGACAAUGUAAGUCGUAAUAAACACGUGAUCAGUAUCAAUAGAUGAUACAUCUGAUGGGAUUUCACUGAACUCUGGUUCAGAACCGCACAGCAUUCUGGGAAUUUAAGCAAAGGAUCAGUUUUAGCCUCUCAACCUCUCAAGGAUAACUAAGAAAGAUGUGUGGCAUUUAGUAACUCGCUCCCUCUUUGGUUACCUAGCAACAACUUGAGAACUUCUGGUUGCCUAGCAACAACCUGAGAACUUCUGGUUACCAAGCAACUUGCGCAGCAGCAGUUCCAGGUUCCUGCUCAGAACAGGAACAGUCACGCCACCAGUUUGGUAGCAUUUCAGAUCUUUAAAACAAAAUCUAAUCAAACAUUAUUGAUAUCAAUUGAUAUGAAACCCUCAUAUCGUGAUGCGUUUUUUCAGCCAUAUCAUUCAGCCCUACAUUCUGAGAAUAAUUACAUAUCACCUCUGUGAUUUUGGAUAAAUAAUAAUUCAAUCUCAAAUGUAUUAAUUGGCUACAUUUAAUAGUUGGAUAAACAUAUUUUGCACAUUUUGCAUAAUUCUGCUUAGAAAUGGACUUCUCUUCAUGGCAUUGUUGGUAGGAUUCAGUCAAGCUGACUGGUUUUCUGAUACAAACUUGGCUUUUAAACAUAGUCCUCGAUGUCCCAAAGUCAAUCAGUCAUCAAUUAUUGACUUAAAACAAGCUCCAACAUCUCGCUAAAAUGUCACUUGUAAGCUAGUUUUGUCUUCAAGAGUACUUAGGCAUUUACACUUGAACCAAGCCACAAAUACUUGGUAGGAUUUGGUGUUUUUGCAGUGUGCAACAAUUAUGAAGAGGCACUACCUCCAAAUUACUCGUCUUCAGUAGAAAUCAACAUCUAAGUGACUGAGAAAUUUGAAAUAGAUGGAAGUCCCAACAAGACAAAAAUCCCAAAUGAGAACCAGAUUUUCAAAGGAUAAGGCUGGCUAACAAUAAGUUUCUGAAAUGGCAUUGACAUCAAAAUGUGUGAUCUAUGCUUAAAACAUGUGGUCUGUGCCAGGAAACCAACCGUUUAUAAUGAGCUCUACCAAUCCUGCCAAGAGGAAAGGUCAAACAUCUAACCAGGAAUGGAAGGAGCUAGAACUAGAAAAUAUCCAACGUAAACUAAAAUGUUUAAAAAUCACAAAGUUUUCCAGCAAGAGAAAAAAAGAUGUAUUAAAUCCAUGGGAUAUAUACAGAUGGUGUGCAUGUAAACUUCUGACCAGAACUGACAGGUGCCGCUCUAUUUAAAUGUUGAUGUAGAGGAGGUGCAGAAUGUGUAGUUUUAGUGUUUUCUGUCUGAAUGCUAAAGAGUUAUCAAAGCCGUUUUAAAUGCCUUAGUGUUACUCAGUGAGGAGCUUUGAUUCCCCACUUUAACCCCGUUUCUCAUGGAUAUCCUAUCCGAUUCUAAAAUACUCCCUCCACAGACUUUUCUUAGUGUUAUGCAUUAAGGUGCACUGAGCUCUGAUUUUUGUUUUAUUUUUUAACUUAUUUUUCUCUCCUGAUGAAUUGUUGAUCGAUGCAUGUUUGCAUUAAAACUGCUUGAGCGCAGGUGGGAGAUUUCCCGUUUUAAAAGCCUCUGACCUUGGAUGUUCACACCCACUCAGAUCUCACUGUGCAGUUCAGGUGAGAAAGAGUCAUGCAACAGUGUGAACCUUCGCCACACACUCUGUACAGUCGUCGGUACUAUUUGAUGUGACAAAUCAUGCUGGCACAGUAACUGCAGCUCAGCUCCUAGUAAACCUGAGACAAAAAAAAGAGACUGUUAAAGGAGCUAAAUUUAAAGACGAGUAUUAUCAAUUGGACUCUUUUGGCGUCUUUUGAUGCCUGAUGCAGUUUUACUUUCCUGGCAUUAGUUUGUCUCUGUCCUGUGCCAUUAAUUCUGUCUGUAAUUCCCUAUUUCCACUGUGUAAAUGAACGCUAAACACGUGCCUGUGGAAAUGUACCCCCUGCUACUUCCCCUCUUUUCCAGGAUCUGUACACUAAAUAUGAAAACCUACACUUUGUGCACCUGCACUGAGACGUUGUGCACACACACCUGUAAGCACCUGUAAGUGGUAAUGACACUUAUUCGUGCCCAGUUGGGAGACGCUGAGCCGGUGGGCGGACAGAAGAAGGGACGUCGAUCCAUAGAUGUUUUUUGCAGGGUUCCUACCGAUCUCAAAGCUUUCAGACUUUUCCUGUUUGUAGUUUUUGCCACAUUGAAGAACAAAACCUUAACCUCAAAUUACCCAAAUCAUCUGAAUUUUGAUUCAUCGGUACAGUAAAAUGUUUAAAUGUUGGGGAAUCUGGACUGAAUGUAUUUAAAUUAAGAGUUGUUCGAUCAGAACUAGAUCAUCCUGUACCAAGUCCAGAGUCUUUAAAGUCAAUUC